AUGAAAAAUGCAGACAUCACUAAUAUAGACAGUUCAGAUUCUAUUAAUAUUGAUGAUGUCAAUCAUAUUUUAAAAAUAAACAAAAUAAUUGAAUCUGAUCAAGAAAAAAUCAAGAAACCAACUAAAAAUAGUAAAACAACUAAAAAUAGUUUAGCUAUCGAUAUCAUUGAUUCUGAUCAAGAAUAA